ACACAAGAGUUGGACGUCCCAAGGAUCCCAGAAAGCACUAACCGACCUACGUGCUGGUGGCGUAACGUCAUCUGUGUUUAUGUGGCCCUCUACUCCAGUUUUAUUAUCAGGGGCUGUGGCUAAAUUAGCAUGGUAGCAUGCCGUCAAACAUGAUUUGACUCCAUAGCAGACACAAAGGACAGAGAUGGCGGUGUGUGCACUGACAAUGGACGGGAUGGGAGAUGAGGUGGCUGCAGUAAGCGGUGUGUUACUCCUGGUCUUGGCCUUGGUCCUGGCUUGGCUCUCCACGCAAGUGGCAGAUCGGGGAGACCACAUCCUGAGCACCAUUCUUACAGUCGGUGCCCACGCCUCUCUAAUCGGGCUGGGGGGCCAUGAGAGUUACAGUGGAGGGCCACCCAGUGCAGACACCCCAGAGCAGCAAACACCUCCACCCUCCCAGGAGAACAAGCCAGAGGAGGGGGAGCCUGGGUCUGAGAGGGAAGAUGGGGAGAUAACAGGAGAGGGGACUGCAGGGGCUGGAGUUGACCUGCUGUUGAAUAUCCAGGGGAAGAAACCUCAGACAUACCAGUCUGAUGAUGAUGAUGAUGAUGAUGAUGAGGAAGAGGAUGACUAUGAGGAAGAAGAUAAAGUUCAGAAGCUGAGCCCAGUGGUCUCCUGCACCAGCAUCACGGUUCGUUUGAAGUUCCUGAAUGACACAGAAGAGGUGGCAGUCCUGAGUCCCCAGGAUACAGUGGGUCUACUGAAGAGUAAGCACUUCUCAGGGCGGGAGCGUCAGAUCAAGUUGAUCUACCAGGGCCAGCUGCUUCAAGAUCCCAAACGGACUCUGCUCUCCCUCAACAUCUCUCACAACAGUGUGAUCCACUGCCAUGUGUCCCAGGUGCUGCGGGAGGCCAGCCCAGAGGAGGCAGCUCGCUCUGGGGCUAGUGGGGGAAUCAGGGCUGCAGGCCUGGCUCUGAGCACCAGCAGCCUGGUGGUGCCUGUGUUUGUGGUGAUGUUAGCCGUGGUCUGGUACUUCCGCAUCAACUACCGUCAGUUCUUCACCGCCCCUGCUACCAUCUCCCUGGUGGGAGUCACUGUGUUCUUCAGCUUCCUCAUCUUUGGAAUGCACAGCCGGUGAGCGGGAGAGAAGGCAGGAUGGAAGGGCCCUCAUCUGGGCAGGAGAAUGAGAGGGAAAAACAACUGUGUCAGGAGGAUGAAUGGAGUCAGGGGGCCUCUCUGCCUUAGACACCAUAGAGCUCAACUGGAAUCCUAAGAGUGGGUGUGCCUCUGUUUGUGCAUGUACCAGCAAAUAGCAUAAUAUGAGAUUGAUUGUAUGUGCAGAGAUUCAAGUUAUCUGGAAUGUGUGUUUGUUAGUAUGAAGCAGAGAUAAUAAUGAGCGGUAAUUUUGCUUCUCAGAAAAACAUUGAGUGGGUCCAGCUCCUCUUGGUCCUUUAUAGGGCAGAACCAUCAGCAUCACACCCAGGACCACAGGCUGCUUGGUCCACUGUGUCAGCAACAUCUUCUGGCCAGUUUGGCUUCACAUAGCCUGUUCUGUGUUAGGUUGCUCUCAGAAAUUAGGGUCUCGAUUCAAUCAGAUCCGCUUUAGCCGACAUCCAUAUAGAAGUUGUGUGGGAGGUGGAACUGUGUUAGUGCUGUCAAUCCACUGAGGUAUAAGAACUGGAGACUGUGUCCAAGAUGUCCGCCUUUUGUUUUCAAGGAUAUCUACUCACGUUCGCAUACGCCAAUUCAUGUCCGUCUAUAUCCGGGUUGAAUCCAGUAUAUACAGAUCAACAUCACAUGCACACUUGCACUCAGUGUGCACAGGGAGCAGCGCAGACAUCAUCCAAAAACAUGGCAGACUGAUGAAUAUAAAAUGUUGGAAUUAUCUACAAAUAUUUGAAUAAUACAAUAGAUGAUUUGUGCACAAAGGUGAUGACCUAAGUGUCGUGUUAUAAAUGUUGAAAUCUGA